AUCACCGGCGUAUUGAGCACGAAGCCCGCGCCAUCUUCGUUUUGAACAAAGCGAGGUUGUGUUAGUGAUCAGUGCUUUAUUAGAAGUAUAACUUCAAUUAAACAGUGUUAGUCAAGAUGAGUACGAAGGAAAACAACGCAGAAGUCGCUGUAGAUAAAGUUACAGAAAACAACGACAAGGCAGCGGACGCGAAAGCAGAAGUCAAAGGAACAAAAAGGCCAGCGGAGGACAAAAGCGAAGAUCCCAAAAAACAGAAAAAAGAAGAGAACGGGGAGGAGGAGGAAAUAGAAGAUGAGGAAGAGGACGUAGAAGGAGAGGAGGAAGAUGAGGAAGACGAAUUACAAGAUGAACUAGACGAAGGCGAAGAAGAGGAAGAGGAGGGGGACGAUGGGGAAGGGGAUGAUGAUGAAGACGAUGCAUAAUAAGUGAUAUUGUGUGAACUGACUGUGCGAUGUGGCCUCCGGAAGCUUGGAGCUACGGAGUGGCGCGACGUACCUACCCAGUGUACAGAACUACUCCCCCACUCCCUACCGCCAAGUUUCCUAACCUAAGGGAGGCAUUUAUUUUUAAAUAAUUUAAAUCGAAGGUUCUAUUAGGUCUUUUUUAUUUAUAUAACAAAGCCGAACAGAUGAUUUCGGUGUAAAGUUUGAUUUGUCCGUUUUCCUGGCCAAGUUCAUCUCCAAAGUGCAAUCGAGAGUCAGUCAUGGCCUCUUCUCCGGGCAUAAUUUAUUUUACAGUGCAUUAUUGACAACUGGUGAAAUUUUAACUUAGGUUUUAUUUGUAAAAAAAGUGUUAGAUAAGUAUAUGUUUGAAUAAGUAACCUAAACUGUACAAAUAAUAUUUAAUUUGUAAUACUUAAGUUCUGACGAACACGAUGCGAUAUGAUUUACGUAUAUCUAGAAAGUAACAGGCAAUAAGGUCAUUGUUCGAUUUAUAUACAACAGUUACUUAAAAGUCCCUCUGGUUUAAUUUUUCAUAUAUUGUAGAAAAUGGAGAUUUCGUGGGUACAUAAUUGUAGAUUUUGUGUCGAUGUGUGUUCAUAUUGUUAAUAAUUGUAAGACCAAACGUUUCCUGCAGAUUGUUAAACUUAUGAGCCCUCGGAUGCGCUCAGCUCAUUCCAAUGUGUUAAACAACAGAAUAUAUAUAUGUUAGUUUCUUUAUAAUUUUGAAAUUGUGUCUGUAAUUCUAUUUUUCGGCAAACCUCAAAUUAAAUUAAAAAAGUACAAGAUCACUUUGUAAGAUGUAAACUGUAAAUCCUUGGAGUGACUAAAAUGGUUAGUUUUAGUUGAAAACGUGUUUUCUUUCACACCUUCCGAACUCCCAUGUAAAUGUUAAUAUUGUAAUAUUACGACUAUAUUUGUGUGAACUGAUCUCACUUGUAUAGUUACUAUACAUUUUAAUCUCUUCCUAAUAAAGUACCCUGUUCCUUUUUUACUUUUUAUCUGUGUGUCUUUAUUUUUACCAUUUUCUUACGUGUUUGUUGUUUAGAUUGCAUUGGGACGAGCGCAUAGCAGACGUGAAUCGUCACAGACAUUGGUAGUUUUUUUAGUACAUUUAGUAAUUUUAAAAUUUUGUACAUAAUGUUUAGGAAUAAAUGUGUUUCAUUUUU